AUGAGCACAAAUACGACAGAGCAGCGAAGAGCAGAGAUCGCCGCAAAGAAGGCAAGGCUUGCAGAGAUCAAGCGCCGGAACCAGGAGCGGCAGCAAUCUCUCUCAAUCCAGAGACGGAGCACAGAGCUUAAUGAGGUUACAGCGCCUCUCCCCCGGUCCUAUGCCGACAGACGAAGCUUAGAGGAUCUGGUAAAUGUCCUCAUAGGCGACCGCCCGUCCUCGACGGGGCCUGGCGCAAUGAAGAGCAGCAGGUCAAACUCAGUCAUGUCUGGUGCAGAUAGCAAUUUUUCGGACUCGGCUUCUCCCACAAUAAUGUCACCAGGUGUUGCAAUGACCCCCGACUCUACGCCUACGCCAAAUCAAUUGAAUUUGCAGCAUAUGUCCAUAGCGCCCCUUACAAUCACCUACGACGCGCCACCGUCCCCUGUACGCGAGGUCGUGACCUACAGCAAGGAGGUUCAAACUUCGGAGGCUUGGACUGGGCCUGACGAUGAGGAGGGAGAUGAUGGCUUUGAGAGUAGAUCGCGAAGGACGGACGAGGAGCUACGGGAACAGAUACGCAAAGAGAUAGAAGAGGAGUUGAGAGAACUUCAUGCCGACGAACAACAGCAAAACGGAAAUUCCGGGUUGGAUUCAAAUGGGGGCUUCUUUGCAAGGGAGUUGACGGAUGAAGAAAGGGCAGCAAUUACAGCCUCGGAGGAUUUUGUAGACUUCAUCGAGAGGUCCUCGAAGGUCGUAGAAAGAGCAUUAGAUAUGGAAUACGACGUACUGGCGGACUAUGGGUUGGGUAUGAACGCUGAGGACGAGGAACAAAGUGGAAGAAAAAUCAAAGAGAUCGCGCAAUUCUACGACGAGCGGUGGUCAAAAAAAAGGAUGAUAAGUGAUAUUAAUUACUCACCGAAGUUUCCGGAGUUACUUCUAGCAUCGUAUACAAAGAAUCCUUCUGCACCACACGACCCUGAUGGUUUGGUUCUGGUCUGGAACAUGCAUAUGCACGACAGACCGGAAUACGUCUUCCAUGCACAGAGCGAUGUCCUUACUGCGCGCGGGCAGGUUCUCCUAUGGGACACCCGUGCCAAGUCUCAACCUGUUUUGAAAACCCCCCUAACAGGUUCUGGCCACACGCACCCGGUCUACUCCGUCUCAGUAAUCGGAACCCAAAACGCAAACAACAUUCUCAGCUGUUCAACAGACGGCGUUGUCUGUGGCUGGACAGUGGACAUGUUAGCGCAGCCGCAGGAACUCCUAGAACUGAUCACACCCCCUCCCUCCAAAACUGACGACCUCAGCCCGACCUGCAUGGCAUUCCCCCACUCAGACCCCACCUACUUCCUCGUCGGCACCGAGGAAGGCACAAUCUACCCCUGCCACCGCUACGACCGCGCCGGCGCCAAGGCCGGCGUCGAACCCCGAAUCUCCUACAAAGGCCAUGCAGGCCCCGUCAUGUCCGUCGACUUCCACCCCGUCCGCGGCCCCGUCGACCUCGGCGACCUCGUUCUCAGCAGCUCCGUCGACUGGAGCGUCAAGCUGUGGAAAGCGCGCCCCCCCGCCGCCACCACCUCCAGCGCAUCGGGAUCGCCGCAGAUUGCGACGCCGAUCUUGGAGUUUAGUAGGGAGGACGUGGUGUACGAUGCUGCGUGGAGCCCGGUGAAGCCCGGCAUGUUUGGGCUCGUCGAUGGCGCGGGCCAGCUGGAGAUCUGGGAUAUCACGGUGGACACGGAGGUGCCCGUGGCGAAGGCGCAGCCGAGCUCGAGGGUGGGCGCGACGCACCUGACGAAGGGGUUGAAUAAGCUGGCGUGGGAGGAGCAUGAUGGGAAGAGGGUUGCAGUCGGGGGGCUGGACGGGACGGUGACGGUUUUCGAGGUUGCAAUUGAUCCGCCGAGGAACGAGGAGUGGGCGAGUGUCAAGAGGCUUGUGUCGAGGGCGGAGUUGGGGAACAAUAGCAUUAUUGCUGCGGGGAAAUAA